CUUUCUCUCAACGACACGAUGUCCUUUCACUUUUACCGGUGAACGUUUCAACUGCAGUUGUGUUAUGCCAGUGCUUAAUGUUUUAGUUUAGUUAAAACGUGUAACCAGGACCAUCGUAUAAGAAAAAUUGAUUAUUCUAUGUUAACCUAAGCACUAGAAGAGGACAUUUUUUAUUAACAUUAGUGAUGACAGUAAUCUGACAGCAUUGAUCAAACGUUUUCACUGUAGUGUAACGCAAACACAAAAAAUGCAAUCUUUCUUGUCAAAUUCAAAGUGUCUUCUGAAAGCCCCUUUACUGUGUCGGUCACAGAAAAUCGUAUCAUUUGUGAUAUGUAGACAACCCCUGUUACAUACUAAACCACCGAAACACUUAACGUCAGUAUGGUGUCAGAAGUGUCUAAUAUCAACAUCUGCAAAAGGAUAUGCAAAGCCAAAGAAGAAUAACGAGAUUGAUGUAGCGAGGGAGAGUCCAUUCUCCGAAUUGACAUUUCAGGAAAAGGUCAAAGAAGCUGGCAAAACAUCUUUUUGGGGAGGAAUAAUUCUUUGUGGAGUUGGAGUAACAGGUGCCCUGCUCUAUAUAAUUGGGAAGGAAGUGUUUUCAAGUCAAAGUCCAAGAGGAAUUUAUAGUAAUGCUUUUGAGCUAUGUAAACAGAAUACAGAGUUGAUGGAUGUACUGGGAGAACCUGUGAAAUGCUACGGAGAAGAAACAAGGAGAGGCAGACGAAGACAUACGAGCCAUGUGGAAUUUGAACAAGAUGGAAUGCAGCAUAUGAAAAUGGUGUUUUACGUUGAGGGACAUCUCAGGAAGGGCAAAGUUCAUCUAGCAGUACAAAAGACACCUGGACAGAAGUAUGAAUACAGAUACCUGUUUGUGGAACUGUAUGGUUACCCAUCGCGCACCAUCGUCAUUCAAGACAACAGAUAAUUUGAAAUUUUGAAGUGUGUGAAAUUUUGUAAGAUUCCUAUUACCCCAGACAAUAAAAUCAUUGAAAAUGA